UCAUCUUCUUCAAGAAUUUCCAGAAAUGGAAAUCUGGUUUCUCAUACUCAUGUUCAUCGUAUCCUUAGUUUCCAUUUUUAUCCUCAUUAAAUCCAUAUUCCCAACCACCAUUAAUCUCCCACCUGGCCCUCUUUGCUAUAACUUAAUUCUGAUACGCAACUUUGUCAAUCUCGAGCCAAUCCUCUCCUCUUUACAUGCCAAGUUCGGCGCAAUCUUCACUCUCUACGCAGGUCAUAUCCCCGUCAUCUUCAUCGCCGAUCAUGCCCUUGCUUACGAGUCUUUAGUGCACAAGGGCGCUAUAUUUUCCGACCGUCCACCAGAUUUUGCCAUUUCUAAAGUUCUUAGCUCCAAUCAUUGUAGCGUCACUACUGGUUUUUACGGUCCGACUUGGCGUCUUCUCCGCCGUAAUCUUACCUCUGAAAUUCUCCAUCCUCUGAGAGUUAAAUCAUACGGACAUACUCGAAAAAGGAUUGUCCAAAAUCUUAAAAAUAGCAUUGAAACACAAGCAAGAUCUGUAGAUUCUGUGUCUCUUACGGACAAUCUUCAUUUUUCUUUGUUUUCUUUGUUAGCUUUUAUGUGUUUUGGUGAAAAUAUUGAUGAAAAACAGAUCAAAGAAAUUGAGAAUGUUCAAAGGGAAAUCCUUCUGUGUUAUCGUAAGUAUAACCGGCUCAAUUUUUUUCCAAGGUUAACAAAGAUUUUCAUGCGGAGGCAAUGGAAAGAGUUUCUUAAAAUCCGUAAAAAUCAAGAAGAUGUGAUAAUUCCAUUGAUAAAUGCAAGAAAGAAGUUGAAAGAAGAGAACAAGAAACAAGAACGGUUUGUUGUAUCAUAUGUUGAUGCUCUAUUGGAUUUAGAACUUCCUGGUGCGAAAAGAAAGCUUGAUGAUCAGGAAAUGAUCAGUUUAUGUUCGGAGUUUCUAAAUGCUGGAACAGAUACUACUGCAACGGCUUUAGAAUGGAUCAUGGCCAAUUUGGUGAAGUACCCAAAGAUUCAAGAAAAUAUAUUCAACGAGAUAAAAGUGGUCAAGAUUAAACAUGAAGAUCAGGAGGAGGUAAAAGAAGAGGAUAUGCAAACGAUGCCGUAUCUAAAAGCAGUAAUUUUAGAAGGUUUAAGGAGGCAUCCACCGGUGCAUUUUGUGUUACCGCAUGCAGUAACAGAAGAUACCGUGCUGGACAAGUAUCGAAUACCAAGAAAGGCAGUAGUAAAUUACUUGGUAGCUGAGAUGGGAGUGGAUCCAAGGGUAUGGGAAGAUCCAAAGGCAUUUAAACCUGAAAGAUUUCUGAAUAAUAAUAGUAAUAAUGGAGAUGAUGAAGCAUUUGAUGUAACUGGUAGCAGAGAAAUUAAAAUGAUGCCGUUUGGUGUAGGAAGAAGGAUUUGUCCUGGUUAUAGCUUGGCCAUGCUUCUUUUAGAGUAUUUUGUGGCUAAUUUGAUUUGGAAAUUUGAGUUUAAAGCUGUUGAUGGAGAUGAAAUUGAUUUAUCAGAAAAGCCUGAAUUUACUGUGGUCAUGAAAAAUCCGUUGCAGGCUCAGAUAUCUCCUAGGUUUAUCAAGUAAUUAAUUUGAAUAACAAUUUUUUUUGGUUAGUCCAGUGGUAAAAUAUGUUAACUCCUCUAUUUUUCUCAUAUUCAAGUUCCGCCUUCGGUGUGAGAAGGAUUUAUAGCUGUGAAUUAGUUUGAGCAAAAGAGGUACCACAUU